UUUGACUCUUUUGUUAUUGAGCGAGUUUAAUAUUCGGUACUUGUUCGUUGUUCUUGCUUUCCUUCUAGUUUUAUACGUUUAUUUGUUUUCUUUUUUAGAUUCUGGUAUGUCCAUUUCCUUAAAUUCUCCCUAUAUUAACAUCUGUUGAAUUGUUUCUUCAAAUGUCUUAUCGACUAGCCUUAUGCUCAAAAUCUCCUCUUUUGUGCCAUGGAGUGGUGCAUAUUGAGCGGUGGUGCAUGCUUUUCACAAUUGAGCAUGCCUGAUCCAUAGAAGCUCAAGUGAUUACUAGAGAGGGCAUUCUACCUCAUGGAAAGAUGUGAAUUUGUGCAGCUCUCAAAGUCCCAUUAAGUUGGGAACUGAAUUAUAUCAUCACCAGGGCAACUUGGUUCACCAUGCACAGACAGGUCAUAUGCUACACGAGAGCAAGGACAAAUGGUGAUGAAUCUGUGUUGCAACCUGCAACCUGAACAAGUGGCAAUUGCUUAGUUAGUUCUUAGGGUUAUAUUGGUCUUAUGGCCGUGACUGGAGACUACAUUUCUGCACUAUCUUCUUGUGAAAGUGGUUAGGGUGUUGAUGAAAGUGAGGAGUAAUGAGAUAUGGGAGAACACUGGACAUGGAGUUCUUCACAGAGUAUGGGGAGGCGAGCCAGUUUCAGAUCCAAGAGGUCAUUGGCAAGGGGAGCUAUGGGGUAGUUGCUGCUGCAAUUGAUACUCACACUGGGGAGCGGGUUGCGAUAAAAAAGAUAAAGGAUGUUUUUGAGAAUGUCUCAGAUGCUGCUCGCAUUUUGCGGGAAAUCAAGCUUCUUCGGCUGCUUCGCCACCCAAACAUAGUCCAGAUCAAACACAUUAUGUUGCCCCCUACCCGAAGGGAGUUCAGAGAUAUCUAUGUUGUUUUUGAGCUCAUGGAGUCUGACCUGCAUCAAGUGAUCAAAGCAAAUGAUAACCUGACUCCAGAGCAUCACCGUUUUUUCUUGUACCAACUCCUUUGUGCUCUCAAGUACAUCCAUGCAGCCCAUGUAUUUCAUCGUGAUUUAAAGCCCAGGAACAUACUGGCCAAUUCAGACAGCAAAUUAAAGAUUUGUGACUUUGGACUUGCACGUGCAUCAUUUAAUGACUCCCCUUCAGCUAUCUUUUGGACAGAUUAUGUGGCUACAAGGUGGUACCGAGCUCCUGAAUUAUGUGGCUCCUUUUUCUCCAAUUACACCCCUGCAAUUGAUAUUUGGAGUAUAGGGUGCAUAUUUGCUGAAGUUCUCACUGGAACUCCAUUAUUUCCUGGGAGGAAUGUUGUGCACCAACUAGAUUUAAUAACAGACCUCCUUGGAACACCAUCAAUGGAAUCUUUAUCCCAGAUUUGCAGUGACAAGGCCAGGAAAUAUUUAAUUGGCAUGCCGAGGAAGCCCCAUAUUCCCUUUUCUCAUAAGUUCCAUAACGCUGAUCCUUUUGCUCUCCGCUUGCUAGAGCGUUUACUUGCAUUUGACCCUAAAGAUCGGCCUACUGCUGAAGAGGCUUUAGCUGAUCCAUAUUUUAGAGGCCUUGCUAAAUUAGAAUGUGAGCCUUCAGCACAACCAAUUUCAAAGCUUGACUUUGAAUUUGAGGGAAGAAAACUAACAAAGGAAGAUGUGAGAGAAAUGAUAUAUCGGGAGAUUUUGGAGUACCAUCCACAGAUGCUUCAGGAGUACAUUGAAGGUGAAGAACAGAUUCACUUCCUAUACCCAAGUGGUGUUGAUCGCUUCCAGCGACAGUUUGCUCAUCUUGAGGAAACCUACAGAAGAGGAGUAGCGAGUACUCCGCUGCGGAGGCAGCCUACAUCUUUGCCAAGGGAGAGAGUCUGUUCAUCAGAAGAUGGCCAUAAUCAGGACUCCGGCAGCGAAAAGGGAAGAGCAGCAUCCUAUGUUGCCCGAACAACCAUAAGCCCCCCAAGAUCACAAGAAGAGCAGCAUAAGCAUCAUCAAUCUUCCUAUCACAGCGGCGAUUCCAUCUCCUGUGCAAAGAGCUAUCUGAAGAGUGCUGCUAACAUCAGUUCUUCUAGACGUGGCAUCAAAGGGAAUAAAGGCCCAAAGGAGAAUGGAAUCUCCGAGGACGAGAAAGAGGAGGUGGUUCAUGAACUAUUAGACAAGGUACCCAGGGUGCUCUCCUAGGACAGACUCAGAGGCCAUGAUACAAAUACCAUUGCAAUGCAAGAUUUGUAUCAGUUGCCAAACAACGCAGGAGCCCCCAAGAUCGGAGAAAAAAAAAUGCGCCAUCUAUAUCGACGCUGCUAGUUUCAGUAAACCACCCAGAUCAUAUGACAUUGCCCAAGCACCCUGCUUGGAGAAAUCGAACCAUGUGGUGUACUGUUAACUUUUGAUAUUCAACUGCUAGAUUCUGGCAACUCUGUUGUGCACACUCUUCUUGGUUUGCUAAAUGUACUGUUUCUGAAGAACAAUAACAGACCUCAGCUGUGGUGCCACA